UAGUCAUUUUAGAUGUCACAAUAAGUCCACAAGUUCAGUAUAAAUUAUUUUAAAAAUUAAGCUAAAAAUAUUAUAGUGCUAACGUUUGACAAUAUUCUUUAUUUACGACUCGAGUACAAUUGAUUGACUUAUUGCUAAUUACACAUUCACAAUGCAAAGUGAGUAGUUAUUGAUGGAAAGCUAGUAAAGUAACAUGGAUUACUCAAAUAUAGCAGAUAGCUGCCGAGCGUGUCAAAUUAAGACACAGGAAAACGCUCAGAAGAUAUUCAUCUUUAACACAAUGAAGCUUCCGGACAUCUUCAAGGAAACCACAUCCCUGGACAUUCAAGAGAACGAUGGACUACCCAAAGUACUUUGCUCUGCCUGCUACGAUCGCCUCCUGGAAGCUUACAACUUCCGGAAAAUGUGUUCUGCUGCAGUUCUGCACUUCCAGAAGAUCCUGUCAAUGGAUGUUCCGGAGGAGAAAUACACCCCAUCUGAAAAUCUAAGCGAUGUUCCUUUGACGGACAUAAAACUGACGGAUAUAAAGACAGAGCCAGAUUUAGAUGUGCCUAGUUUUCCUCAAUCAAGUGACCUAAACUGCCUUCCGGAGAAGGAAGAUUCUGACAGUGAUAUUUCCGAUACGCUAUCCAUAGAUGACAAGCUCCCGGAAAUACUAAAGACGGACCCUGAUGAUGAUGCGUCCUUGAUCUCCAUAAAGACCGAGGAGCAAGAGCAACUUCCUGUUCUCCAGGACGAACGUAACAGCCUGGUGUGGUGCGAUUACUGCAAUUCAAAAUUUUUUGAGAAGUCGCUUCUAGAGAUGCACAUGAGGGAGAAACAUCUGGGAUUGAAAUCUUUGGAAUGUAAAAUUUGUGGGAAAAAAAUCACUAAAAACACCUUAGCUAAUCACAUGGCUACGCACAGCAAAAUUAAGCUCUUCUAUUGCCCGGAAUCACAAUGUAAUUGUGAAAAGUACUUUGACACUAAGUCUAGCCUGUAUCAUCAUAUGAAGACAACACAUGGCCUGAUGUAUUCUAAACUUUCUAUGAUCCACCUCAAAACCGUCAAUACAAAACGAGUUCCGGAAGCUAAUGAGCAUCAGAAAGACAAUAACCAAAACGUCUGUGCAAUUUGUGGAGUUAAGAAUAUUACAUCUGAUGAGCUGAAGAGUCACAUUCACAUGAAUACUCACAAGAAAGAGAAUAUGUGGUGUUGCGAUUUAUGUACGUACAAAUCCCGUAGAAGAAAUUGUUUGAUACACCAUGUAAAGUCAGUUCAUCAUGGGGUAAAGGAUUUUCAUUGUCUAUACUGUGAGAAAUCUUUUGUAACAGAAAAGGGUCUGAAACACCAUAUACUUAUCCACGAAGGUAUUAUGAUGUAUAAAUGCAAAUUUUGUGGGAUAAAGAAAGUAUCGAAGUCAGAAGUGAUACGACAUGAGAAAGUUCACACGAAAGAAAAAGUACUUUCACGUGAAAAAUCUCCUAAAAAAACACCUAAAAAAUCUCCUAAAAAAUCUCCAAAAAAAUCUCCAAAAAAAUCUCCUAAAAAAUCAUCUUGUAAAAAAAAUAAGAAGCAACCCGUGAAGACAGUUCGUCGAGGAGUGACGGUUUUUCAGUGUCAGUACUGUCAGAAAUGUUUCGUGACACCCGAAGGUCUGAAUAACCAUAUACUCAACCACAAAGGUCUUACGAAGUAUAAAUGUACAUUUUGUGGAAUCAAGAGAAUAUCGCUAACGGCAAUCAAAAAGCAUGAGAGUAUUCACAAGAAGGAAAAAAUAUCAGAACAGAAAGAUAGCAUUAGCAGGCAUGAGAGUACUCAUACGAAAGACAAGAAUUUUAUCCCCAUAAAUUAACUUGUAUAAGAAAUAUGAGGGAUCACGUGAAAGUAGUUCAUCAGGAAGUCAGUAACUUCAUAUGAAAGCGUUUGCACGAUAAGAUUGUUCCCAAGAAUAAUGCUUUAAAAAUGAAGUCUACAUAUAGAGUAAGUGUGCCAAAUUCCGGCCAGCUUGCAAUUUCGGCCACCUUUUUUGUUCCUUGAAUUUCCGUGAAUUUUUAGUUUUUACAUACUCUAGAGAUUAUACAAUGCAAAAGAAUAACAAAAAUGUGGCUUCGACAAACGAGAUGACGAGAAAAAGACAUUGGAAAAAUUCCCGAAGGCCAAGGAACUAUGAGAAUGAAGGUGUCCGAAAUAGGGCACCAAAGCUAUGCCUACAUUUUUAUUCAUUUUAAAAUGUAUUAAAAAUGAUUUUAGAGUAAAUAAAGACGAUAAACUGUCUACAAGGUUCUAAGCAACACUCCUUAAGUAAAAGGAAUAAAAAAAAUCAAUUUCUAUUAAAGAUAUUACAUUUCAAACUUGAGACUUUGGCGCUUGCAUGCAACUAUGCCGAAAUUUGGCACACUUACCCUAAUAUUAAAAAAAAGAAAAAUACUUUUUGAAACUUUAAUUCAUUGUAGUUUUAUUAGAUAUAUUAAUUUUUUAUUCAAGUAUUUGAUUUGCGAAA